CAUUUUAAUUAAUUCUACUACGUACAGAAUAGAUUUAUCAAAAGUAGGUCUAUCAAAAGUGGUCAAAAAAUAAUUAGCAAUUUAUCAGCAAUAUAAAUUUCUGAUAAUUUGCCAGCAACCAGUGCAUGACCUGCUAGCUUAGGCUAGAUACACGCAGAGGAAAAGUCUGUCUUUUUGUGCUCUGACUAUCUUAACACAAAAGAUUUUAUACAGUUGAAAAAAAAAUUGUAAGAUAAUUGUCAAUAUGAGUUUAGACUCACUCUUUCAACAAAUUCUCCAGACUGAAUAUCAGCUGUCGGAACAGACACAAAAACUCAAAGAUGUAAAAGUGGAAAUUAUCCGAUGCAAUGAGAAGAUUAAGAGUGAAACUGACAAAUAUAAGCAGAUCACAGAGGAACUUGAUAAAAAGGCUGAGCAGUUGUCCACCAUGACUCUGCAGUGUGAUAUGAUGAGGAAAUGCAAAGACCAGGCAUUGAAGAAAAUUGAGGAGCAGCUUUGUCAGCAGAGUCACCUCAUGGAUCGUCUGGCCAGGAUCAAGAAGGAAUCUAAAGAAGAAGAGCAGCAGUUCCUCCAGGAGAUCACCAAAUUCAAUACUGACUUCAGCCUGGCAGGGAACAUCGCAGCCGUGCUGGAGAGCCAGACUCGCGCUGAGAUCCUGGCCCUUCACAUGGAGGUGGAAGCUUUACUCAAAGAGAUGAAUGAGAUGAAAAGCAGGAACAGCCACAUGAGCUCCACACUGGAGGAACGGAGGCGGCUGCUGCUAGAACUGCAGGAGCUGGAGAACAUCCAGAGAGACCUGGAUCGGCAGACGAAGGAGGCCCGAGCACAGACUGACUCUCUGGGGUCAGAGGUCGAGUUCGUCAGUCAGAAGCACCUCACCGACAGCACCUGUCUGAGCCUGAGGAAGGAGCUGGAGCUGCAGAAAGAUGAAGACCUUGAACAACUGCGGCGGUCCCUGACCUCCGAGGUGCAGCUCCUCCAGGAAAAACUGAAGAGCAGCCAGGAAAGAGAGCAGCAUUAGGAUUGGCCCACCGAUUCAGGAUGUUUACAUUUACCAUCAGCAUUACUGGUUAUGUUGCAAUAAUACUUAGUUAUACUUUAUUUAAUGAUAUAUUAUCUAACUCUCCUAUAAUUCCUAGUUUUUGACAGCAUUGUCAGUCGUUAUUUGUUAACAUUUAUCAACAUAAUUCUGUACAUGAAGUUUGUUUAUAAUAAGUUGCUGACUGUUGAGAAGAAAAUUACAAAUGACAAUAUAAUGAUAAUUUUAAUAUAUUUGUUUAUUUUUUUGUAUGUUUUAUGUCUAAAGCAUUUUCAGGUGCAGAGUUGUAAAAAAUGUCCUAAAAAUUAACAUUUUCAGGUAAACGUCACAAUUUCAAAAUGGCAAACUGUAGUAAGGAGGAUAAGAAAAACAAUUAGUUUACACUGCCCUCACAUGUACAAAGAGUGGUACUGUAGUAAUAUGUGUCGAGUCAAACACUGGAGAGCUGCUGCCAUGUCCCUGUAAGGUUUUUUUAUUACCUGGACUCCUGUGUUUUUAUCACAUUGGACUUUUUGUAUUUAUUUUUAAAACCAUAGCCACAAAUGAGUCUGGGAUGAGUUCUGUACACAACAUUUUGGUUCAACUGUGACUUAAAAAUAGGAAAGUCACUCAGUAAUGGAGUUGUUGAAUGAUAAAGUUAAGGACAUUCAAACGUGUAUGGUAUUUUUACUACAAAAAAAUGUAUUAAUGAAGUUAUUGUAAUAAUGUUGGUAUUUAAGCUCAGACUAGCUUUUAGAUGUUCAAGUUUACUUUUAGUGCAGAAUUUCAGUCGCAUGCGUACCUAUCCUGUAGGCUCAGAUAAGAACAUACACCCUCACUAAUAGUUGGUUAAAUGUAAUUUCUGUAAUUUUUCUGUCUGAACAUUUGAACUCUGUUCCUAUCUAGUUGAUGAGAGAGUUGAGUUUUUGGUGCUUCCUGGGUUGUCCUUUAACUUCUUGAAUAAUUUUCAUUCAUUGGAUGUUGAAGUUUGGGUACCGUAAUAAACCAUAUUUGAAAGCUG